AUGUUGAAGUUCGUGAGCGUGGCGCUGGUGUGCGCGUUGGUGUUCAGCGCCGAGGUGGAGGAAGAGGACCACGUCCUGGUGUUGACCAAGGUAAGAGAUUGAAGUCGAGUGUCAGGUUAUUGUUGUGAUUUUAGGACAACUUCCAAGAGGUCCUCGAGAAGCACCCCUACGUUUUGGUCGAAUUCUACGCCCCAUGGUGCGGUCACUGCAAAGCCUUGGCCCCCGAAUACGCCAAGGCCGCCACUCAGCUGGCUGAAGAGGGAUCCGACAUCAAGUUGGGCAAAGUUGACGCCACCGUUCACUCCGAACUCGGCUCGGCCCACGAGGUUCGCGGCUACCCAACCCUGAAGCUGUUCCGCAACGGAAAGCCACAAGAGUACACCGGCGGACGUGACCAGGCCUCCAUUGUCAACUGGCUGAAGAAGAAGACUGGCCCACCAGCCAAGGAACUCAAGUCUAUUGAUGAACUCAAGGCCUUCAAGGAGGAGUCUGAAGUCAAUGUUGUCGCCUACUACAAGUCUGCCGAUGACGCCAAGGCCUACCUCGAAGUUGCCGCUGCUCUUGACGAUGUUCCAUUCGGCAUCACCUAUGAUGAGGAGACCGCCAAGAACGCAUUGGAACUGAAGAAGGAGGGCAUCGUUCUCUUCAAGAAGUUCGAUGAUGGCCGCUCUGACUUCGACGAGAAAGUUGAGGAAUCCGGAGCCAACUUGAAGGCCUGGAUCCAGGCCAACCGCCUCCCAUUGGUCUCUGAAUUCACUCAAGAAACCGCCUCCAUCAUCUUCGGAGGAGAGAUCAAGUCCCACAACUUGUUGUUCAUCUCCAAGGAAUCCGCCGACUUCGAGAAGAUCGAAACCGAAUUCCGAAACGCCGCCAAGACCUUCAAGGGAAAAGUUCUCUUCGUCUACAUCAACACUGACAUCGAAGACAACGCCAGAAUCAUGGAGUUCUUCGGUCUGAAGGGCGACGAUCUCCCAUCCAUCCGUCUGAUCUCUCUGGAAGAGGACAUGACCAAAUUCAAGCCCGACUUUGCCGACAUCACCACCGAGAACAUUGUCAAGUUCACUCAGACCUACCUCGACGGAAACCUGAAGCCUCAUCUGAUGUCCGAAGAUGUGCCAGAGAACUGGGACAAAGAGCCCGUUAAAGUGUUGGUCGGAAAGAACUUUGAAGAAGUUGCCCGCGACAAGUCCAAGAACGUUUUGGUCGAGUUCUACGCCCCAUGGUGCGGCCAUUGCAAGCAGUUGGCCCCCACCUGGGACAAGCUCGGAGAGAAGUACAAGGAUCACGAGAACAUUGUCAUCGCCAAGAUGGACGCCACCACCAACGAGCUGGCCGACGUCAAGGUCCAGUCCUUCCCCACCAUCAAGUUCUUCCCCGCCAACUCGAACAAGGUCAUCGACUACACCGGUGAGCGAACCCUCGACGGAUUCACCAAGUUCCUCGAGUCCGGCGGCAAGGACGGCGCCGGCCCAUCCGACACCGACAAGGCCGAGGAGGAGGCCGAUGAGGGACACACCGAGCUCUAA